CAUAACCUAUUAUCGAUCAUAGUCAAAAUAAGUCGGCAAUAAACAAACUAAUUGUUUAAAUUAAAUUAAUUAUUGCAGUAAAUAAUUAAAUAAAUAAAAAUUAAUUUAAUUUUCGCGGGUCAGUAAAUUUAAAAUUUAAAAUGUCAGUUUGUAUUAAAAAUCUUUCAUACUUAAAAUUAAAAUCGUUUCUUACGAAUUUUAAACAAAUGCCAAAAUUAAGUCGUAAUUUAUGUUCACAAAUUUCGAAUCAAAAUAAUUCGGAUGGGCACAUAGAUUUAAAAAAUAAUGGAACUCAUGCAUUAGUGAAGUCAGUGGUAACUGAUUUGAAUUUGGUAGAGUAUCCAGAAGUUGAUGCCGGUGAAUAUUUGACUGAUGAAAUUGUAAAGAAGAUGCCGAUACCUAGAGCUCUAGACAUCUGCGACGAAGAUUUGUCAGGAUUGGCGCCAAAUUUACUGCCUACAUUUAAUUUUGCCGCUUACGCAAAUCAUUCGGAAACAAUACAGGAGCUGGUUAAACUUGGGGUCGAAUUGUGGAAAUUAGAAGACAGCCCUGAAAAAAUGGAAUGUAUUUUACAGCGUAAUUUUGAUGAUAUGAAACCUUAUAUUCAAUUUCUUCAUGAUAGUGGUGUAGCUGUUGAUGAAAUUGGUAAAUUUAUUACUAAAAAUCCCCAAAUUUUUAAACAGGACAUGGAUGAUUUGAAAACACGAAUUCGUUAUUUGAGAGCACAUAGAUUUAGCCGUGAUGAUAUCGCCCGAAUCGUGACAUCUCAUCCUUGUUGGCUUAAUUUUACGACAAAAUUUAUUGAUCAGAGAUUGGGUUUCUUUCAAAAAGAAUUCAAAUUAAAUGGUAAUGAAGUUAGAUUUUUGACGUUGCGUAAACCAAUUCUAAUUACAUUCAAACAAAGCGAGCUCAGAAAAAAUAUAUUUUGUGUACGUGAACAAAUGGGAUUUUAUCCAGAAGAAAUGAAAUUAAUUAUAUUGGACAAACCAACUGUUUAUGUUACAGAAAGCUAUUUGACUCUAAGAAAUUUUGAGUAUGUACACAACGAAAUGAUGAUAUCUCACGAACUUAUUGCUCGAAUGCCCUACAUAUUAAAUUCGACUAUCGAUAGAAUAAAAAGUCGUCACUUGUUCCUGAAAUCUCUCAAACGAGACCAGUACGACCCGAUGAAGCCGCUCUACAUCUCUCUAGAUGACAUUGCCAGCCCAACUGACCACGUCUUCUGCGCGAAAUCCGCGCGCACCUCCAUCGAGCUCUACGAUAUGUUUCUUAGAUCUCUGUAAUUUUUAUUCAAUAAAAAAAAAAAA